AUGAAGUUUCUCACUUUGACUUCUCUGGCCACCGGUGCCUUUGCCGGUGUCCUCGUCCAGCGCGACAUUGCCACCAUUCAGGCUGCCAUGAAUGCGGCUGGUACUGGCAUCGUUACUCUGGAUAACGCAGUCAAGGCCUUCACCGGCGACCCAACCCAAGUUUUGGCUUCUUCCAACGCCCUUAUUCAGACUCUGAAGGAUGGCAAGGCCAAGGUUGACCCUACCGAAGAGUUGUCCUUGACCGAUGCUCUUGGCCUGCAGACCCCAGCACAGGAUCUUCAGACCAAGGGAGCCGCUCUCUUGGCCGACCUUAAGGCUAAGAAGGAUGCUAUUGCUGCAAAUGGCCUUUGUGAAUCUACUUUCACCCAAGCCAGCGGAAUCAACGCCGCAUCCAAAGACCUGAUCAACAGCGUUGUCUCCAAGGUCCCCGCCGCUGCCCAGGGCAUUGCACAGGGAAUUGUUGCUCCGUUGUUGCAGACAUUGAACGACGCCCAGGAUGCUUUUAGCCCUGCAAACUGCAAGGAUACCGGCUCUCCUCCUACUUCUUCUGCUCCUCCUCCUGUUACCUCUACUCCUGCGCCUCCCACUUCUACUGAGGCUCCUCCUCCUACCUCUACUGUUCCUCCUCCCGUCACGACUACUGCUCCUCCUCCCGGAACUGACACUUGCCCUGCUGCUCAGACAGUCACUGUUACUGCUACUGAUACCGCGGACUGCACUCCUAUUGUUACCUGCACGAAGAAGCCUCCUGUCACGGUCACCACCACCAAGAAGUCUUGCCCAACUGGGUCCAAGCUGCCGUGGUAA